UGAAGCGUGAGAGAGAGAGAGAGCAGAAUAUAACACGGGUAAUAAACACCGCUUGAUAAGACCCAGGCAGGAUUUUGAAGAGAAUGGGACCCAGUGGUGCGAGGUUGUGCGUGUUUUUACUUGGAAUUGUUGCACAGAAUGUUGUGCAAGGAAAUGUUCUAACCGUCAGCGUGUACACGGUCACCUCUAAAAGCGCAGUGCUGAGCUGGAGUAAAUAUGCAGGCUCAUCCUCAUACAGACUCACAGCUACGCCUCGCAACUCUCCCAAUCCUUCUGGCUUCAGCAGCUUCAGCCAGAACACCGUCUUGGGCUCCAUCAACACUCUGUCCCCCAACACCGCCUACACUUUUAGGUUGGAGGCACUGGACAGCUCCAUGAGAGUGCUGGCUCAAGCCAGCGUGGACAGAUACACUGCUCCUGAUGUCCCCACCAACAUGGCGGCUUCCUCCAAACAGAGCCAAAGCAUCACAGUGGAGUUCACACAAGUCUCAGGUGCCUCCUCGUACAUCCUGCGCGCCGAGACCAGCAACGGCUCCUUCAUAUCAGAGACAUCCGUGCCAGGCUCUCCAGGGACGGUGUCCGGCUUGCAGCCUUACACCGAUUACACUCUGAGCGUCAUGUCCGUCAACAGUGGUGGCAGGAGCCAGCCUUCAUCCUCAGUCCAAGCAAAGACAGUGUUGGCCGCUCCUCUGUUAAACAGCAGCUCCCCCAGUAACAGCAGCAUUGUGGUGAUCUGGGCUCCGGUACCAAAUGCCGUGCUGUACAGCGUCAGCAUUAUUCGUGACGGCUCAUACCAACAGAAUCGCCUCAACACCAGCAACACCAGCGUGACCUUCAGCAACCUGGAGGCCGGCACUAACUACUGCAUCAAAGCUAAUGCCUGGAGUCCACAAAGCGUACCUGGGGACGACUACACUGUCUGCCAGAUCACCCGUCCUCCUACUCCUCAGUCCAUUGUACUGGUGACCACGACGGUGAAUGAUGUGGUGGGUGUGUCGGUAUCCUGGGAUCCUGCUCAAGGUUCCAGUCGGUACGUAGCCAUGAGCUCGGCUGGACUGAACUGCUCGUCUGUAUCCACUUCCUGUACUCUGAGUCCACUGAGCUGUGGACAGAUCCAUUAUAUCUCUGUUACUGCCUUCAACCGAGCUGGACCCAGCCAAUCCUCAGAGCUGCAGCGUUACAUUUCAUUCCCGUGUCCUCCAGAACCGGUCCGUGUGGAUGACAUCAGACCUGGUAUCUGCUCCCUAUCCUGGAACCCCGUGUCCUACGUGGACUAUUACACCGCCUUCAGCAAGAGAGAUGAUGGUAUAGAAGAGAUGUGUAACUCCACAGGCACUUCCUGUAACUUCAGCUGCCAUUGUGGCUACUCCUACAUCAUGAGUGUUUUUGCUAACAACCAAGCUGGAGCCAGUCCUCCAGGACCUGUCCUAAACAAAACCACCAUCCCAUGCUGUCCAAACAUCGUGGCCGUGAAUAGCAUUUCGUGGGAGUCCCUGAUGAUCCAGUGGCAGGCGGUGCGAGGGGCAGACCUGUACAAGGUGCAGGCUGUGGACUCUUCUAAUCAAACAGUGCUGUGUAAUGACACCUCACCAAUGUGUGUGCUCUCUGAUCUCAACUGCAACGCCAUGUACAAUGUCUUCGUCUUUCCUUGCAAUGAAGCACUGGGGUGUAAUCAAUCCUGUAGACCCCAGACACAGGAAACAGCUCCCUGUAUGCCUGAGAGAGUGACCGUAAGAACGAUUAACUCCUCAUCCAUCAACAUCACCUGGACGCCCACUAACAAAGUUGCCAAAUACACGGUCACUGUGAUUGGAUUGGCUAGCUCCUUCACCUGUCAGUCAAGUGCAACAUCCUGUCAGGUGAAUGGAUUAUCUUGUGGCUCCUCCUAUCAGGUCACCUCCAUCGCCUCCACUGAUGCCGGACAGAGCAUUCCCAGUUACAGCGUGUCCUUCCAGACAGCUCCGUGCUGUCCAGCCACUUUGAACGUCACUCAGGUGACGCAGGCGAUGAGUAAUGUCAGCUGGUCAGAUGCUCAGGGAGCUCAGUCUUUUAUGACAUCGUUGACCUCAUCGCGAGGCAAUGCCACAUGUCACACCACGCAGACCAAGUGCUUGAUGGGAUGCAUCACUUGCGGAACAAACUACACUGUCUCGCUACAGGUCACCAACUCCAAGGGAGACACGGCAGUAUGCGUGUACCACGGCUUCUCCACCAGUAAGUGCUGUCCUUCAAGAAUCCGUCUUUUCACACGCUUCAAUAAUACCCUGCGUGUUUCAUGGUUGUCCUCGAGCUCUGGUAACUUCACGGCCCAGGUGACAGGUGGAGGCCGGGACUAUGCCUGCAGCCCCGCACCGGGACAGAGCAUGUGUGACGUGUCAGAAGUCACGUGUGGUGAUGUGUACACGGUCAUGGUGGCACCCAUAAACCCGGACGGAACCAUGGUGCCAUUCUGUCCCAGUAGGAUGUACUCCGUCUACUGCUCAGGCAGCGAUGUCGGAAUGGUACUCUAUCGAGGCAAGAGAAGUCUGGAUUAGCAAACGCUUCAUCUGACAUCAGACCAAAGAGCACAACUGCACUCUUCCCCAUAACAUCCUCCACCCUAUAUUAACAGCUCAUACUAACACACACUCCUCCUGUCUUAUUCAAAACAUACAGUAAUUAGGAUAUAUGUAUAUCGAUAAGUAUUUGUGCCUUAAUGUUAGACACAGUGUAUUGAAAACCAUUCAAAGCCAUUAAAAGUGUGUAUUCAAAGGCACUUAUUAACCCAACUACCCAAAAGCAAGUGAAAUCAAUGUAUUCAUGUUAUGUAUGUAUGUGUUUGUUGGGCCACACAAACUUAGCUUGAAAUUCCUAUUUACUAGACUUAGGUCAGUAGAAAUAAUUUACCAGAUUUAAAUGAAGUGCACAUGAUUCAGGUAUCCCAAAAUGUACUCAGGGUAAUGGCCAUUUUUUCUUUGUUAAUGCCAGAAAUAUUAGUUUGUUUAUAGAGAAGAAAAGCAUAACAAAAAAGUGAAACAAAAAAAGUUAAAGCAAAAAUAUCCAACUAAUAUGGCACAUGUCAAAGAAUUGAUUUGAGAACUAAUUUUGUUUCAAAUUUACUUUAAUUUAAAUUUUAUGAACACUUUUCCUAAGUCUUGUGCCUCCAAAGGAAACAAUUGUUUUUAUUUUACAAAUACGAUAUAUUUUUUUAUUUCCUUUGGAUGUGAUUAAAAAUAAUUUUGAAUAUAUCUAU